CGGAACGCCGAGGCACGUGACAGCGCGUGACCGACGUAGCUGCUUCAGGAAGCCUCCGCGUGAGGUCGCCACGUUCAGCUGCGCUUGUCUAGGGCACGCCUUCCCGUUCUGAAGGUUUCCUCACUUUUGUGCUUGCACCUGUUUGAUUUACUGUCGGGCAUUCACGGAGGUGCCCCAUUCAUAAUCCGCACUCAACCCCUCCACAAACUGGUUCCUACUGGAAGCUUUCGGUUUGCCCAAGGUACCAGAGGUCGCCGUCCAACAGAGUCGCACAGUUCUGCCUGGCUCUCCCACCAUUUCCCCACGCUAGGUCCAGACCUGCAUGCGCUUUGCGCCCGACCACAAUUCGUGGGCAGCACCCUCAAAAGCUGUAGACCACCCUGAACCUCCACCUCGACCAUCCCAGAUCGCCCUCCUGUUCAACCUACAGAUUGCGCAAUAUGAGUCGCAGAACCAGACAAAGCGCCGGCAAUGCGCCUUCAGACGAGCCUCGCCGCUCGCGAGGAAUCGCAGGACCGACAUCGGCCCUGACGGACUAUCUGGCAGCCAACAACAUCUCGGCGGCAGAUAUCGCCCGAAACCACCAGAGGCGUCAGCAAGCCGCCUUGGCUGACGCUGUGGUCGCAGAGAGCUCUGCCCGUGCUAGCGGUCGAGCUACCUCAACCGCGGCGGUAGCUUCGUCCCUUAGAUCUGCUGGCCUCGCUCGUGGCCUCGAGAAUGCGUCCUCCGUUGCCGCGCUCGCGGACAAGGUCCAUGCCAGCCUUCUCAAAAAGAAGCUGACCAAGGUCGAGCACAAGGCUAUCGAGCACUACAAGACGACGCCCGAGUUCAUCCAGGCCAAGGAUCACUACGCAGGAGAUGUCGAAGAUGACGACACCCUCGCGCGCAUGUUCUACUUUGCUGCUCAAAAGGCCGUCGGCCAGUUUGAGAACUGCGCCGAGUGUGGAAAGAGGUUUACCGUCACCAACUACACAUUGGCGAGCCCAAGCGGUGGUCUUCUCUGCUCGCCAUGCGGCAAGGAUCUCGAUACCGGCGACGGUCCCAAGAAGAAGAAACAGAAGGUUUCUAGCGGCCAGGUCGGAAAGCGCAGAAAGCAACAGAGUCGCGUGCUUGAUGGCGCAGCCCCCAUCGGAACGAAGAGCCUUGUCACGUUGUGCAUCGAGCACCUGUCCAGGAAUAUUGAUCUCGCCGAAGACCUGGGGUAUCUUCCCGAGCACGUCGUGGAUCGUAUCGCACGCAUCCUAUCGAAGCGCCGCCAAAUGAACUCCAGGACGCUUCCCCUGUUUCUGCAGUCUGAUACUCGGACGCUGAAUAUUUACGACGCCGGCCUGCUAUGCUCCGAUGAUUUUGUGGGCAUCUUCCAGGCAGUCCGGGGCCUCAAGUCGCUCAAGGUCCGCCAUGGCAUCCAGUUCAAGAACGAGGUCGUCGAGCAGAUGCUAGACAAAUUUAUCAGGCUCGAGUCACUAUCGCUCAAAGGAUGCAACCUUAUCACCAGCGACAUGUGGGAGAGAAUAUUCAAGGAUAUGGGCGGAGGCAUCAAGACCUUUCAGACCUACUGCAACGCCGACUACUUCACUGACAAGACUGUCGGAGCGCUCGCUGAGAACUGUCCAAAUCUCAAGCGCCUGAAACUGGUCGACAACAAGGCUCUUACUGCCCAGGCGCUGGAGCCGAUCGGGCAAAUGAAGGAACUGGAACACCUAAGCCUCAAGAUCAAGGAUACCAUCCCUAACCCUGCCUUUGUCUCGCUUCUCGACAGCAUCGGCUCCAACCUACAGACGCUGUCUCUGAUGACUGUCGAAAAUCUCAACGACACAGUGCUCCAGGCCAUCCGACGCAACUGCACGUCGCUGUCCAAGCUUCGCAUCACGGAUUCUGAGCGUCUCACCGAUGACGCAUUCGCGAGAAUGUUCACUGGUUGGACGAAUGGGCCUCUCCGCUUCGUCGAGUUUUCGAAAUGCCGCCUCACCGAAGCGAAACUAGGAGGUGUGAACGACGAUGGCAUCGGACUGUGCGACGCGGGCUUUGUUGCACUCAUGGAGCACUCGGGUCGCAAGAUUGAGCAUCUGGGCAUCGAUUCGUGCCGACACAUCUCCACUGAAGCCUUCAUCAAGGUCUUCUCGGAAGACAAGACGUACCCGCAGCUCGAGACGCUCGAGCUCAGCUUCUGCGGCGUCAACGACUUCAUCGUCGGCAGCAUAUUCCGCAGCUGCCCGGCCAUCAAAUGGGUCAAGGUCUUUGGCUGCAUGAACGUCAGGAAUGUGCUCGUCCCACGCGGCAAGAUCCUAAUCGGCGUGCCCAACGCUAUUGGCAUGCAGAUUGAGGGCUACCACUGAGUGCACUGUGGCAGAAGAUGGAGGCGCGUUCGCUGCCGCGUAGUCGAUAUGAUGGCGUGUUGGUCAGCGUAUUACCAGCCAGCGGCGCCAAGGGAUCUAUUCAUUCGUGUCUUUCGUUUCGGCGCAGAUCAAGGGCGUUCUGGAGAGGGUGUUUUGAGAACGGACUAGGCUCGGCUUGGGGGGAUGUGCUUCAGAGCGCAAUAUUCCUAAGUCUCUACCUAGGUGGUAGGCAAUUAUACCUGAGUUCAUGGCGUUGAUGUUCACUGCCUUUUUUGUUUCCAAGACCGGAUUACCAAAGGUGCUCGUGUUUCGGAAGUGGUGACUGCAGAAUACUUUAAUGCCGGACUAGAAUAUUAGGCAAGGCGUUGAGAAACGGAAAGGGAAUGUCGUACCUAUAGGAGACGAAACAUGAUGAAAGGUGAAAGACGGAAAGAAGAAGAGUAAAGUCACCGGGUUUCAUAAAACAAUGUUCCGACUUGUUGGAUGACAUGCCAUAUCAAGUAAAUUGCA